UAUGGAUCAACAUGCAUGCUGUAAGUCAGAUAUAGAAAAUAUGGGCCAACAUGCAUCCUGAAGUAGGCCAGUGUUUUAUUGUAAAAUCCAUCUAGAAAUUCGCAAAAGUCAUUCAUUUAUUUAUAGACGAAUACAUUUGUUUAAAUGGACAACUAAAAACGGGGAGAGUAAUAUUUAUUAUUUCUUCAGAAACUGGAAGAAAUCGCUGAGAUUCGUCGGCUGAUACUCAAUAAAUAAUGGUAUCAGUCACACCUGUAUUACUCAUGCCAUAUAAUUUUUUAUGAACAAAUCAAAAUGGGGAUAACUUGAUAUUGUAUGGAAUCUAUAUGCACGUUGGCAAUGAAUGAUAUGAGGUGUCAAGAUUUCAUAAUUCCAAUCAAAAAACUUCAAAUCAAAUAAUUAUGCAUUGCUAGCUGCUAUAAAUAUCCAAUGAGCUCGAGCUCCAAUGUACCAAAUCUCCUCUUUCUUCUCUAAACAUUGAUUCUCAUAAAUUUUCUCUAUCUUCCAUGGCAUUCCAUUUGCUAACUGAGACCAAUGGUCGCAUCCCCAGCAGCCUCAUAUCAGAUGUUAUUUCCAGGGUGAAAUGCCAGUAUCAAGUUGUUACGCAUCAAACAGAUUCGAUGAACAAUUUUAUUAGAUCGAUUUCUGAUAAUCAGCAAGAGGCUGAACCUUUUUACGUUCUUGAUCUCGGAGUUGCUGUGAGACUCCUGGAUAAAUGGAACCAAUACCUACCAACUGUCAAGCCUUUUUAUGCUGUUAAGUGCAAUCCUGAUCCUGCAUUGCUUUUUCUUCUUGCAAGCCUCGGCACGAACUUUGAUUGUGCCAGUCGAGCUGAGAUCGAAAUCGUUCUUGGGCUCGGUGUCAAUCCUAACAGAAUUAUUUAUGCCAAUCCGUGCAAGAUGGUGUCUCAUAUCAAGUAUGCAGCCAGUGUUGGAGUGAAUCUAACGACUUUCGACUCCAAGGACGAGAUUGAUAAGAUCAAAAAAUGGCACCCGAAAUGCGAAUUGCUGGUUCGUAUCAAAGUUGAUGACGAGAGUUCAUGGCGUUCAAUGGGUAAUAAAUUUGGCGCCUCCCUUGAUGAGGUGGUUCCGCUGCUGCAACAUGCUUACCAAGCAGGUCUGAAAGUGACCGGAGUCUCGUUCCAUGUUGGAACAAAAGCAUCAGAGGCGAAAGUCUACCGCGAUGCGAUUUCUGCAGCAAGGUAUGUGUUUGAUGCAGCUUCUGAACUAGAAAUGCCUGAGAUGCAUAUUCUUAACAUUGGUGGAGGGUUCAAAGACAGUCCAUUAUUCGACGAGAUAGGAAGAACCGUUAAUGAUUCCGUCCAGGAAUAUUUUCCGAAUCAAUCAUCAUCGCUGAAAGUGAUUGCUGAACCUGGAAGAUUCUUUGCAGAAACUGCAUUUACAAUGGUAACUAACGUUAUUGGGAAAAGAGCAAGAGGGCGGCAAAUUGAGUACUGGAUCGAUGAUGGGACUCUCGGAUCGUUUAAUCUAGGAGCGUACGAUCAUUCCUCUAUGAUGUUCAAGCCAUUACUGAGAAAUGAAGAUGGUGAAGCUCAACUAUCAACUAUCUUUGGACCGACCUGCAAUUCGUUAGACAUCGUGGCGAGUGAGUGUAAAUUGCCUGAGCUGAAAGUUGGUGAUGUGAUUGUGUUCUAUAAUAUGGGUGCAUACACAACAUCUGCUGCAAGUAAGUUCAAUGGGUUUAACAGAUUUGAAAUGCCCACUUACCUUGUAUAUUCAACUCCAGAUUGAAGUAUAGAAAGUGUGUGCGCAUUUACUUUUGAAA